AUGGCAGGAUGGUUCUCUUCGGGGACCACGGCUCUCGAUCAGCAGAUUGAAACAGCGACGACGUCCAGCUUAGAAGAGAUAGCCCUCAGCCUCGAAAUCUCCGAUUUAAUUAGAUCUAAAACAGUGCAGCCUAAAGAUGCUAUGCGCUCGCUGAAGAGGCGGAUAGGCAACAAGAAUCCUAACGUCCAGCUGUCUGCCUUGAAGCUAACCGAUACUUGUGUCAAGAACGGCGGGGCACACUUUCUGACCGAGAUCGCCUCACGCGAGUUCAUGGACAACCUUGUCUCCCUACUCAAGGCUUACGGAGUUGCUGCUGUUAGCGAAGAAGUCAAACAGAAGAUUCUCGACCUCAUUCAGACCUGGGCAAGUGCCACUCAAGCUCGCCACGAUCUCUCCUACAUCAACGAAGUAUACAAGAGUUUGCAAAGAGAAGGUUUUACAUUUCCUCCCAAGGUCGAGAUCUCCAGCAGUAUGGUAGACAGCAGUGCUCCGCCCGAGUGGACCGACAGCGAGGUUUGCAUGCGGUGCAGGACAGCCUUCACAUUUACAAAUCGGAAACACCAUUGCAGAAACUGUGGCAAUGUCUUUGACCAGCAAUGCUCCUCCAAAUCCAUCCCUCUCCCACACCUGGGCAUUAUGACGCCUGUCCGCGUGGAUGAUGGAUGCUACGACAAGUUGACCAAGAAGGGAAGCGGGGGCGGUGGUGGCAGCGAGCGUCGAGUGUCAUUUGCCCCCAAACCAAGCACGAUGCAGCCGCGAAGUGCCCGAAUAGAGGGCAACAGUUUUGAUGAGGAUUUGAAAAAAGCAUUGGAAAUGAGCUUGGAAGAGGCCAAAGGCAUUUCCAGUUCAGGAUAUGUGCCCCGGUCUGAGUCCAAGUCGGAGCCUGCAAAGUCAAAUGGGGUGUCCAAUGAAGAAGAGGAUGAUCCCGAUCUCAAAGCUGCACUGGCGUUAUCUCUAAAGGAGGCCGAGGAGCAGGCGAAGAAGCAUGCCGCGUCUAUGAAGAAGUCUACCACAGAUGGAGCAUCCUCAACACAACCGUUCGUCAUGCCUAAGAACGACUAUGAAUUGUCAUUGGUUGAGGCUGAGAAUAUCAACUUGUUCUCGACUCUGGUCGACCGCUUACAGCACCAGCCACCAGGUACCAUCCUGCGAGAACCUCAGAUUCAAGAAUUGUACGAAAGUAUUGGAAAGCUUCGACCAAAGCUAGCCCGGACCCUGGGUGAAACCAUGUCCAAGAAUGAUGCCCUGUUAGAUCUCCACGCCAAACUAUCAAGUGUUGUGCGGUAUUACGAUCGAAUGCUGGAAGACCGCCUCAACAAUACCUACAAUCAAAGAAAUCCAGCAUACGCAGGUUAUGGCUUGCCAUCUCCUGGGGCUCAUCACCCAUCUUCAAUGUAUGCUUCUAUCCCCAUGGGCCCACCACCGGCAUCGAACCAGGCCCCGGGAGGCGCGGAAAACUACUACUUCUCCAAUGCAACUGUUGAACAGUACGCUCCACCUCCACAACAAACACCAAUGCCUCAGCCACAGCGUUCUUAUUCAUAUUCCAGCCAGAAGCAAGACGCUCAGGCAUCCCCAUAUCCACAAUACGCGCAGCAACCACCGCCUCAACUACAUCAACCUGCCCCUUCUUCUCCCCAGUUGUAUCAGCAGUCAGCGCCUCAGCCGCAACAAUAUCCUUCGCAACCACCAUCCGCCUACCCUCAACUCCCACCUCCCGACCCGCAACAAACACCUACUCCGUAUAACCAGCAACGACAAGAAGCUCCCACACCACAACCCCAAUACCAACAGCAGCAGUCCCAGUCGCAACAACAACCCCCGCCCGCACAACAAACACCGCAGCCUUAUCAACAACCGCUGCUACAACAAACAACUCAACCCCAACAACAACACUAUUCACAACCCCCGCCACAACAUUACUCUCCUACCCAACAACACCAACACCAGCCACAGCAACAACAAGCACCAUACCAAUCAUACCCGGCCUACAACCAAAACUCCUUCCCAUCCGCACCUCAACACGACCCCUCAUACGGCCAAUCCUACCAGCAGCAACAACCACCUCAGCCGAAACCCGUGGCGGUGGAGGAAAGUCUGAUUGAACUAUGA